UAUUUAUACCUGGUAGUCCAAGUGCGCAUAUCUUUCCAACUUCAUAACGAGAGCGGGAGAGGAAGGCUGAGCGCUGAAAUCCCUGAGGAGAGCAGAGGCGCCGCGCUGCUGAGUUUCAGGGACACUGAGGACGCGCCGGACUUUUUCUUUUUCCUAAUUUCUCCCGCAAUCCUCAGUGAAAGCAAAGAAGGAUGCGCGCAAAACACCCUCCUCUGCGCGCUCCAAGAAGGCGAUCAGCCCAGAUGAGAACUUAUUUUUAAGCCGGGGGGGCUGCACCAGCUUCUGACCUGUAAUCAGUCUGUGCAAGUUCGGUUGUCCCCUAGACUUCUUUUGCCUUCAUGUGCGCACGUGAGCCUCACAUUGGAACCUGCAUCAGACGCGGAGCGCAGACCAGCAGGAGGGUGAUGGAACAUCAUGCAGCACUUUGAACCCAUGGAGACAUGGCACAUAGGCUCCUCUCUGCGAGCAGAGUCAACGCCAGAAUCGCCUUCAUCUUCACCUUGUCAGUAUCUUGCACGUACUUGUUCUACAACCUCAUUAUUUAUCGCAGCGCAGUCAUGAGGAACCAGGGAUUCGAGGGGAAACAAUGUCCGCCGAGCAAGAGCGCAGGAGGGAAGAAACUUCUUGGGAAACUGGAGAAUUGCGCCUCGCUGGAACCCAGUUCUGCCGCUCAGAGGGGAUCAAGUCAUCUUCAAAGAAACACCCCCGCGGCCGCUGGAGGUCAGUGGACUGAUAUGAAUUCAAGAAACAUGAGCGUUGCGCAGAAAUAUGGAAACAAGAAGCUGCCUACUGCGUUAAUUGUCGGUGUUAAGAAAGGAGGAACCAGAGCGGUGCUGGAGUUCAUCCGGAUACAUCCCGAUGUGCGCGCUCUCGGGACGGAGCCGCACUUUUUUGACAGAAACUAUGACAGAGGAUUGGACUGGUACAGGGGAUUAAUGCCACGGACGCUGGACAGCCAGAUCACUUUGGAGAAGACUCCCAGCUACUUUGUCACCAGAGAGGCCCCAAGACGCAUCUCUAGGAUGUCUCAUGAGACCAAGCUGAUCGUCGUGGUGCGCAACCCUGUCACCCGAGCAAUCUCAGACUACACACAAACACUUUCCAAGAAGCCCGACAUCCCAUCAUUCGAGGAGUUGGCCUUUACAAACAGAAGCUUAGGUCUGGUGGACACCUCCUGGAAUGCCAUCAGGAUUGGGAUGUACAUCCUGCACCUGGAAAACUGGCUGCAGUACUUCCGCCUGUCGCAGAUGCACUUUGUGAGCGGCGAGCGCCUGAUAACAGAUCCAGCAGGUGAAAUGGGUCGUGUUCAGGACUUUUUGGGCCUCAAACGGAUCAUCACAGACAAGCACUUUUACUUCAAUCGAACCAAAGGUUUCCCGUGUCUGAAAAAGCCGGAGAGCAGCAGUCAGCCACGAUGCCUCGGCAAAUCUAAGGGACGGACUCACGUACAGAUCGAACGGGACACCAUAGAGCAGCUGCAGGAGUUUUAUAGGCCGUUUAACAUCAAAUUCUAUGAAACUGUGGGACAAGAUUUUAAGUGGGAUUGAAUGUAAAGAUGUGCUGUUCUCAAAAAGCCUACCUCCACAGAUAUGAUACAAAUAGAUAACAUUAUACCUAAAAUAUAUUUAAAUUUCAGAUUAUCAUAAAGGUAUAGAAGUCACAAUAUAAAGUUUAAUUCAGCGAAUGUGUCAUUAUGUGGGUCAUCUUGGUCUGGUAAUAGUUGCAUUUUUUUGGCUUCCUAUUGUAAAGUGUUAUGGAGAAAAAAUAUUUACAUUUAUGGAUAAGUAAAAUGCCCCUCUUUGUUUUCAUGCUGCCAAAAGACCAUUUGGUUCCUUGCCGACACCUUAUAGCAUUAUUUUCUCACAAAGAAUAUACAAUAAAGACACAGAGUGAAUGUUAUAACUUAAUUGCCUAUUUCUGCUGGGGGGUUUUUAAAGUUUUUUUUUGUUUUUUUUUUAAUAAAAUUACUUGGUUUUUAGUGAAAAUAACUUUCCUUCCAAAUGUCAAACUAAUCAAAAAUCAAUCUGAUUACUCUGCAGUUAAAUCAAGGGGCUCCGGAAAAGUCACAUGUACUAGAAUGAAGGUGAGAGUUUAUUUAAGAAAAGUAAUUUAAAGCUGAUAUAAAAGGUUUUCUCUUGUUUUCUUUCAAUUGCACUUCUUGUUGAAAUUUCUGUAAUGACCACCAAAAUAAAAGGCCAAUAUUUAAAUCAAA